AUGACCUCCUCUGUCAUAUCCUCUUCCUCAGCCUUCUCCGUGAACAACAACACCACCACCGCCAGCAACAACGUGCCGCUGCUGCCAUCACAACUACCACCAGCCUUGCCGACGUUCUGGCAGUCGCCUCUGCACUAUGUCACGCGCACGCUGCGACGCUGGCGCCGGCGGGUUCAGUUUUGGUCCUCGCCCCUCAAACUGCGAUACUCCAUUAUUGUGUUGUCGAAAAUUACGGACCACCCUUAUCGCUAUCUCGCUCGGCUCUUCCUGCGGUACCCUCGUCAUUUUCCGGUGAUCCUCCCACCGCCACCACGAGAGAUCAUCGCCUACGCGCCUGAGGCAUACAUGGAUGAGCACCACCUGGACAUUUUCGAGUUGCGCCUUAUUCCCAUUUUUCGCUGGCGCGAUACCCUGCAAAGCUCCUUCUAUCGCUUGUAUGAAGCUUUUUGCGCCUAUGAUGAGCCACUCAUCGGCUAUGAGACGGAGUACCUCUGGAAGAGGCAGACACACUGGAACCCCGAGGACAUUUAUGAUCCGCGUCUGGAUGGAUGCAACGACUCGGAGCAAUUGGCGGUUCUUGCGUCGCUCGCGGAGGCACUCAUCUGGUCACCCAGCAUGGACAUCUCUGGCGCCUAA